GGUGGACGGAGGGGGGGUGGUGGGAGAGGUUGGAUAAGCAGCCGGAGAACAACCACUAAUCCACCCGGGACGGUCACAUUCACGGCGGGGCUUGGACCCGACAGAAAAAUGGACAGGGCAGCGGGAACUGGAUUAGAUCCGAGGGAAUAAAAGAGACUAAAAGACUCACAGCGAACAAAGCGACCCUGACGUGUUAUGCCCGUUAAUCCGCGGGGACUUUAUAUGUGACUGGAAAUGGGAGCUUUAACAAGCAGACAAAACAUAGGCGUGGAAGAAGUGGACAUCCCGUCCAGCUCGGUGUACCGUUAUCCCCCGAAAUCUGGCAGUUACUUCGCCAGCCAUUUCAUCAUGGGAGGAGAGAAGUUCGACUCCACCCAUCCGGAGGGUUACCUGUUUGGGGAAAACACCGACCUUAACUUCCUGGGGACCCGACCUGUGGCGUUCCCGUACGCAGCACCUCCACCUCAGGAACCAGUUAAGACGUUACGAAGCCUUAUAAACAUCCGUAAGGACACACUGCGGCUCGUACGGUGCAGCGAGGACCUGAAGCUGCCGGGUGACGAGGAGGCUGCGAAGAACAGGGCCUCCUACAACGUAGAGUUCACCUUCGACGCCGACACUCAGGUGGCCAUAACCAUCUACUACCAGGCCAUAGAGGAGUUUCAUAAUGGAGUGCCAGUUUACCUGCCCCAGGACGGCUCCCUGCAGUCGGAGACGGUGCACUUCAAGAGGGGAGUGGGCCAGCAUUUCUGUCUGCCUUCACACACCGUCAACCUGAGCGAGUGGGCCGACGAGGAGCUGCUGUUUGACAUGGACAAAGAGGUUUUCCCGAUGGUGGUCCAGGCGGUCGUCGACGAGGGGGAAGAACAUUUGGGCCACUCUCACAUACUGCUGGCUACUUUUGAAAAGCACAUGGACGGGAGCUACUGUGUGAAGCCUCUGAAGCAGAAACAAGUGGUGGAUGGAGUGAGUUAUCUACUGCAGGAGAUUUAUGGGAUAGAGAACAAAUACAACAGCCAAGAAUCAAAGGUUGCUGAUGAUGAGAUCAGUGACAACAGUGCUGAGUGUGUGGUGUGUUUGUCGGAUGUUCGCGACACACUCAUCCUGCCGUGCCGACACCUGUGUCUCUGCAACGCCUGCGCAGACACUCUGCGCUACCAGGCCAACUGCUGCCCCAUCUGCAGACUGCCGUUCAGAGCUCUGCUGCAGAUCCGAGCCAUGAGGAAGAAGCUCAGUCCUCUGUCGCCUACCAGCUUUAACCCCGUCAUCACUUCACAGACCUCAGACUCGGAGGAACACUCGGCGUCGGAGCACAUCCCUCCAGGGUACGAGGUGGUGUCUCUCCUGGAGGCCUUGAACGGCCCCCUCAACACCUCCUCGGUGAAUCCUCCUCCUCUCAACUCCGGGCCCAGCCACGUCUCCGGUGUGCUGCCCCCGUACAGCAGUGAGCCUCACCCGGCACCGGCACGCUCCCUCUCCCCUCUAGACCACUCCAACUCCAGUCAGGGACUCAAACUCAAGAAGAGUGGUUCGAAGUCACUCUCCCAGAAUUCCUCUGUGCUUCCUGAGGAGGAGGACGAGAAGUCUUGCAGUGAAUCUGAGGCCUGCCGCCACAAACUCGCCGUGGACCCGCAGGAGAGUGGAGUGACGCCGGACAGCGAGAACCUGACUCUUUCCUCGUCUGGAGCAAUCGACCAGUCGUCCUGCACGGGGACCCCGCUCUCCUCCACCAUCACCUCCCCUGAAGACCCAGUGAGCAGCAGCCUGGUCCAGUCAGUGAUGUCCAUGGCCUCGUCCCACUCGCAGCACUCCCACAUCAGCACUGACACCAUGUCCUCCAUGUCAGGGUCCUACCUGGCCGGGGCUGACGGCGAGCCUGGGGGGGACGAGGGGGGAGAUGCUGAGGGCGAGGAGAUCCAGGAUGCCCCCAUGGAGAGCCGAGGACCAUCGCAGCAAGACGGGGAGUUUUCCCAGGAGCCAAAGUACUCAGUGGCAGUAGAGGAGCAGGACUCAGAGGGAAACGAUGUCACUGAAGAGGACUGCUCCUCCCCGUCUAAUGGGAAAGGUGGGCGGAGCAGGUGUCCAGAGUUGGCCAAUAACAAUCAGGGCGUCGCCCUCUGUGACACGCCCUCUUUGGGGUUGGAUAAUGAGCAGGCUCCCGACAGCCGAUUCGCCGGCCUGAUGUACCUCGGAGGCUACAGGCCUGUUGUGGAGCCCCUCCUUCACCACACCUCCACCAGCAACAUCAACCUGGAGGAGCUGGGGCCUGAGAACAGGGACGGCCAGAGUCCUAAACAUCCCCGCCGAGGACCACUCAUUGUGUAACGCACUCGAAACAAACAAACACCAAAACACACAGACUCCUCCGUCCAGACUCAGCUCUUCUUCUUCUUCUUCUUCUUCUUCUUCUUCUUCUUCUUCUUCUUCUUCUUCUUCUUCUUCUUCGUCUGUGCACUUUUAUCUCACAGGAGUUGUUUGUUUGUUUGUUUUGUAUGUGACCUUACUUGUUGUGGGUGUUAUUAUCCCUCUGCUACGUAAAUUAUUUAUUACAUGUAGGUCUUAAACUAAUGAGAUCUGUGUAUUGUGACCACUAAUCUCUAGAAGAAUACUGCUGCUCUUUUCCUUCUCCUCUCUCUCUAUUACCAGCUAAACAGUCAGGGGCUACUGUGAUGGGCAAUCUGAUGUAUUACUAAUGUACUAUCCUUCUUCUCUCUUUUAAACUUGUAUUCAUGAACGAGUGUUCGUACACUAUUUAAAAGUCAGCCACACCAGACUACCUUACCUUUUAGUGAACUAAAACUUCCCUCCUCAACUUCGCAUGCAGCUUUUGACCUCCGUUGAUGUUUCCCUCUCAUGAUUUUCAAACAACAUCUGCUGAAUGUGAACACAGAAGCGGUCGCACGAUACUGGAACAAAUACUGUCCGAAAUAAACGGAAAAGGACUGACGACAACAACAACAAAAAUACUUCUCCACACAGAAUGUAGCACGAUGAACGUGGAAGGGAAACAAUAUGGGACAAUUAAAUCGUCAUCUAUACUGGAAUGAAACAUGAACUUUGAACCUUUAACUGGUUCUCCAAACUCUCUCACACACACACACACACACACACACACGCCACGCCACGCCACGCCACCCUCUCCUUCUGCAGCUCCAUCUUAGCAUGUCAGUAUUAGCGUAUUGCAACUCGAAACCAACAAGUACAACCAAGCAAUAUAGAUGCCGAAGCUGGGUCUCCUGCAGGAGGAGGCUCGUAUGCAGUUCACACAAAAACUGUGUUUGCACUCGCCUGUUGCAUUAAAAUCCAGACAUUUCA